GCCAUGGAGAGGUGGAGAGCGGACUGUUUUCUUUGUUAUUUUUAAAGUCUUGCAGUUCGCAACUAUGACACUGUUCGCGGUGACUUGUGCCGGUCCAAAUGCCCGAUGCACCCGAAAGCAGCAAGAAGAUUUUCACCGGAGUUUUUUUGCAGUGGCAUAAGUAGAGGUCUGGAUCUAAUAGUUGCGCAGUGUGGGCUCUACGGGGACGUGGUUUAUGGAUGCUGGGACUAUGAGCAUAAGCGACAAAAGGGGCUUCUUAGCAGACCUGGGAGGCAGCUUCACUGAGGAUGCUCCCAGACCUCCAGUCCCAGGGGAAGAAGGAGAGCUGGUGUGCAGUGAUGGACGCCAAUGCAGCAACCUUGGCUUCUCCUCAAAGAAUGAGAGUCUCAAGUGUGAGGCGUCUGUGGCUACACCCAGGCGACCUGACUUGGAUCUGGGUUAUGAGCCGGAGGGCAGUGCCUCUCCCACACCACCAUACUUAAAGUGGGCGGAAUCUCUUCACUCCCUCCUGGAUGACCAGGAUGGCAUCCAUCUGUUCAGGACGUUCCUCAAGCAGGAGGAGUGUGCAGAUAUGCUGGACUUCUGGUUUGCAUGCAGCGGCUUCCGCAAACUUGAAGCUAACGAAGGUAAUGAGGAGAAGAAGGUCAAACUGGCAAAAGCAAUCUAUAAGAAAUACAUCUUGGACAGCAAUGGAAUUGUUUCCAGGCAGAUCAAACCAGCCACCAAGUCCUUUAUCAAAGACUGUGUGAUGAAACUUCACAUUGAUCCUGCAAUGUUUGACCAGGCUCAGACUGAGAUACAGACUAUGAUGGAGGAAAACACCUACCCCUUAUUCCUUAAGUCUGACAUUUAUUUGGAAUAUACUCGGACAGGAGGAGAGAGCCCUAAGCUGUGCAGUGAUCAGAGCUCUGUUUCAGGGAAUGGAAAGGGACUGUCGGGCUAUUUACCGACUUUGAAUGAAGAUGAGGAAUGGAGAUGUGACCAUGAGUCAGAGGAGCAGCCCGAGUGUGACCCCACACCAAGCAACCGUCUCACUCAGAAGCUUCUAAUGGAGACGGCACCGCAGCGAGUUGCCAACAGUGCGAGAUUCCAGGACAGUCACGAGUACAGGCAUGCACCGUGUCGGGAGCCCAUCAACCCAUACUACGUCAACACUGGUUAUGCUGUCGCUCCUGCCACCAGCGCCAACGAUAGCGAGCAGCAGAGUAUGUCCAGUGACGCAGACACAAUUUCCCUUACCGACAGCAGUGUAGAUGGGGUACCACCCUACAGAUACCGCAAACAGCAUCGCCGGGAGAUGCACGAAAGUGCCAAAGCAAAUGGGCGAGUGCCACUACCUCAUAUUCCACGCACAAACCGGAUUCCAAAGGACAUACACGUAGAGCCAGAAAAGUUUGCUGCAGAGCUGAUCAGCAGACUGGAGGCCGUACUGAGGGAGAGGGAGGCGCAAGAGAAAAUAGAGGAGCGACUGAAGAGGGUUCGAUUGGAAGAGGACGGUGAUGAAGUCACCAUGUCCACAUCCACAUCAUUAACCGGUCAUAGGUUCCCCCCUGGUGCUUAUCCGCAGAAUUACAACUCUCGCUAUGCUGACAUCACCUACAGUGGCCCUUUUCUGAGAGAUGCUCAUGAGGAGAAUCCAGAGAGCAUCCUGGACGACCACGUCCAGCGGGUCAUGAAGACUCCUGGCUGCCAGUCACCAGGGACGGGGCGCCAUUCUCCCAAGUCACGGUCACCAGACAGUUUCCCAGGGGCCAAAGGGAUGGGGCUUGGAAUGCCGCUGUCAUCAGGCCAGGGUAAACACCCAUCCAGGCACGGUCUCAAAGGAGAGACCAGCCACCUGUACCACCACAAACAUGUUCAUCACAUCCACCACACCAGCAUUGGGAAGCCCAAAGAGCAGGUGGAGGCUGAGGCAGCCAUGCGUGUGCAUGGCAGCUUUCCCUGGGGCAUGGAGACAAGUCAUUACGGAUCAAAGUCUCGCAGCUACGCAGAUGGCAUGGGAUCCAACCCCAUGGAACAUGCAGGGUAUAGUAGCAAAGCUGGCACACAGUGUAAAAGAGUGUACAAGAAAGGAGAGGAUGUGCGGCCUUAUGACAUGCUGGGGCCUGGAGAAGAGAUGGAGAAAAACCAGAAGAUCCUUUUGUGGCUGAUGGAAGGACAGAAAGAAAUGGUUCAUAAGAGAAGUCCAUACGGGAGUACCACUGGGUCCAAGAGAACCACAGGCCAUGACGGAUCUCGUCUAAACUCGGUGGAGAGGCCAGGCUCGGUGUACCCAUGCAUCAGUGCCCAGCUGCGGAACAAUGUGCAGCCGUCUCACCCUUUCAUCCAGGAUCCCACCAUGCCACCCAACCCAGCUCCCAGCCCCCUCAUCCAGCUGGAGGAGGUUCGCCGGCGGCUUGAAGAGGAGAAGAUUAAGUCUGGAACUUUACAGCCCAAGCAAAGGUAUGUGAUGGAGGUGAUCCAGAGGGGUCGCACCGCUGUCAGGCCUGCACUGUUCCCUCCACUCAGCGUGGUGCCCGCCGUUUCUGACAGCGAGCUCUCCGAGCCCGAACAUAAAGCCACUAAAAAGCAGCCGUGUGAAAACACUGUUGUGGCCUAUUACUUCUGUGAGGAGCAGAUACCGUACAGGACGUCUGUCAAAGGAAGGGUCGUCACUCUGGGCCAGUUCAAAGAACUGCUAACAAAGAAAGGAAAUUACAGGUAUUAUUUUAAGAAGGUAAGCGACGAGUUUGACUGCGGGGUGGUGUUUGAAGAGGUACGUGAGGAUGAUGCUGUCUUGCCCAUCUUUGAGGAGAAGAUCAUUGGGAAAGUCGAAAAAAUUGAUUGAAGUUCAUGUUGAAGAGGUUGAAAAGCCAGUGUGCAUUGGACAGAGCAGCGAUUGGAUAGUGAAGAGGAAGUGUUUCAAGAUGAAAAAUGGAAGAGCGGAGAAGAACGUGACAGUAGAAGAGUCGCAGUGGUCACAACGGGCGGCUUUUGGGGCUCGGUAGCACCACUGCAGUGACAUGGACUAGAAGGAGAAAAAAAAAAGACCUCAUUCACUUCUUUGGAGUGCGAUGUAGAGUUGUAAAGUUUACUAGAUAAAUGAAGAACAAAAGUGCUACUAAAGCUACAUAUUUUUGAUAUCAUGUAUCAGAGGGUGUCCUUUCUAAAGUAAUCACACUUGUAAUUUUUAUAUGUAUUGGUACCAGAUGUGUACAGUUUGUGUUAAAAGAUAACAAAAUUUUAUAUCUAUUUAAGUAUUUAAAAUGCUCAUUGUCAAUCCUAUUGAGGCAGAAGUGUUGCCCCUGUUUAUGACGAUCAAAAUCCUUUAUAGGGCUGUUUUUAUUUUAUUUUAUUUUAUUGUUAUUUUUGUUUUGUUUUGUUUUGCCCUCUUGACUCUAAUGUUUAUGCUCUUCUAAGUGCUUUUAAAACUUCACUUAGCAGUACUUUAUUUUAUGCCGUUCAGUCAGGCUGCACUCUCAUUGUAUUAUGUACCACUUACUAUGUCUCAUUUUAGGCUGCAACAUCAUUUUCUAAACAACAAACACUGAAUGACAAGAAAAAUAGAACCCCUGAACAGUAUAAACUCUAUCCAGUAUUCCAGUAACAGCAGAACCACAUACUUUGUGGUGCUGUUGUAAUGGAUUCAAAAUACAAAAUAUAAAUAACAGUUUUAAGUAUAAUGCAGUGUAAUACAUGACCACAACCUCAGCCUUAAAGAAAUACCAUUGAGUGAAAACAGUUCCCCUUGAGAUAGUUUCACUAUAAAUUGUAUAAAGCUGUUUUAUUGGGUUGUAUUACUGCAUACUGCACAGGUCAUUUUAUUUUUCUGGUAAUUUGGUGUAUACUGCAUGUAAAUGUAGCUUAUGGCUGUGUUUAUGUACAGUCAUCCGCAGCAUUGUUUUUACCCAACCCAACUGAAGUUUAAAGAAAAUUGCCUUGAAAUGUCACAGUAGAUGCAAUAAUGCUUUAAAGAAAAAAAGAUUUGAUUGGAAAUCGCAAGGUGAAUAUCUAUGCAAGUUGGUUUUUAAUUUUGUCACCUUAAUCUGAAAUCUACAUUGGACAUUUGUAAUAUUUAAUAAGCAACAUUAGUAAAAUGUUCAGAAUAAUUGGAGGCCACACAGAUAGUUGUAUGCAAAAGUUUGGGCACCCCUGGGUAAAUCUCAUAUUAUUUUGAUUUUAAGUUAAAAAGUAAAUACAACUCCUGCAGCACAGAGACAUUAAAAAUUCAUCUUUCUUCAAAUGUUAAUGCACUGUUAAGUUUUUUUUUCAUGUACUUCAAAAAUGGAAAAAAAUCUACAGUAAUUGUAUCGUGUGCAAAGGUUUGGCCAGCCUUCUACUGGUAGAACACUCAGAACUUCAUUAGCUCAUUAGGACUCUUAGGAAAGGUCAAGAAUUUUCAUUAGAAACUAUCAGCUGAUGACAUUUCCUGGUGUUAAGAUUCUCUGACUCUUUCCAGCCUGGUGGUAACACUAAACCAAGCACUGACUGAGGAUCUAAGAUAAAUCUGAUGCUACAAAGCAGGGGAGGCCAUAAAAAGAUAUCACAGUGCUUCUAGCCUGGAAUUUCCACUGCCUGAAAUGUCAUUAAGAAAUGGCUAAGAGGUUCUGUAGAAGUCAAGACAACUUACUUCUUUUCACUCAGCUAUAUAAUCAGUGGUGCCCAGACUUUUGCAUACAACUGUAAAAACAGUCAGGAUAUUAAAUAUGAAUAUUAUUCAAAUAAAUGUUUGUUAAUUUAGGUGUUUGCUUAGUUAAUACCUCAGUCCAUCAGGCUGAAAUUUAAUUUACUAAUUAAAUUUCUUUUAAUUAUCUCCAGUUUAACUCUAAUUGAUAAAACUCAAGUGCUGCAUUCAGCAAUAGAGGUUAGUGUUGUUCAUGAAACAGACGAGCAGCUUCUCCACCUGUAGACUUGCACACUCAAGUGUCAUUGUGCUUGUGGUGCGGAGAGGUCCCAGCAUUUGAAUGAGAAGGCCAGUGAAUGUCAUCUGAAUACUAUCAACUGCUGAUAUGUUUGUGCAAUGAAGAUCCCGUAAAGGCAUAUUUAAACACACUGUAAGUGCUGUCCCAGUUUUACACAGUGUAGAGAAGGGUUCAGAAUGUUUAGAUUUCUCUGGAGUUCUGUAAUCACACAGAUUUUAUCCAUGGGAACUGAUGAGAACCAACAGACACUGACAUAUAUGUUGGAGUUUUGUUUACAUCUGGUUUAUUUCUUUCCAGCAUCAAGGUCCGCACUCAUUAAUUUCUGCUUUCCCCAAGACUUACCAUCUUAAACCUUUAAUCACUGCUAAAUUGAUGGAUCGGUUGAGAAAGGGCUGCACUAAGAACUGAUUUCUAAUCUGUAGCCUUCUCUUGCUUAUCACAGCUAGAUCUUGUGCCUGGCAGGAAUGAAUUGUUAAGUGCAAAUGAUCUACUUUUGAUAGAUCACGUUACACCAAAGAGAAAAAAAAAAAGCAGAUGGGACGUACAGUUUUGAAUUACCCUUUCACACUGAUAUUCCCCUUUUUUGUGGCAGUACUUAUGUGGUAUCCUUUUUUUUUUUUUUUUUAGUUAAAAAAGCUCUUGCAUGUAAGGCCAGAAUGUUUUUUUACAGUGAACAAACUGUAUGACUCGUUUUUUGAUGCAUCAAAUAUAAAUCAACAAAAUGAAAAUGAAAGCAGUGGCACAGAGUUACUGGGGAAGCUAGAUAACAUUCAAAUUUGUUGCAACCAUUAUUAUCUUUUUUUUUUUUUUUUUUUUUUUUGACUGUGCCUCAUCAUAUGUGCCCAUGAGUCCAUAGUGAGGAAUGCGCUUUUUUUAUUGUUAUGGAGUCAAUCAAUCGUAUAUGUUGUUGAAACGUAAGGAAUAUGGUUUGGUUUUUUUUUUCUUUUUUUUUUUUUUUUUUUACAUUUGUUUGUUCGAGAUUCCUAUCUUAAAUCAGUUUAAUAUAUUUAGUGCAUUUGCCUACAGUGGUCCUUUUGUCCUUUCCGAGUACAUGAUCAAGUUAAAUACUUUGUGUUAUCUUGAUUUUAAUCGUUUAUUUCUUUUGAAAUAUAUAGUGUCAAAUCUGUUAUGAUUCUUACUGUGAAAGCCCCAAAAGCGAACUUCCCUUAUUUAAGAUCAAUGAAAUGUAUAUAAACAUCAGAGUGCCUUUAUUACUAUGCUAAUGAUGUCUGCAGUUUGACCUUCAGACAGAUGUGGGGACAUAAAUGCCAGGGACUAGCUUUAUGUUUUGUUGUUUAGCCCCCUUUUUUAAUUAUUAUUAUUAUUUUGCAAAGUUGUUCCUGUUCAAUGAUUGUCACUAUUCCACAUUUUCUAUGUAAAUAUGUACAAGUUAAAUUGUCAUCUACCAGCAACCCAGUAAGCACAUUCAGUACCCUGGACCUGUCUCCGUUCACUAACUAGCAUGGCUACCAUUUAAAGGUACC